ACUGAAGCUCAUUAGGUAGAUGAGAUAAAUUGGUGUCAGUCUUGAUGACCGAACCGUAUUAUUUUGGUGUUGUAGGUAUUCAUUUGCAAACAGUAGAGCAUCAGCAGCGAAAGUGUAAGCAUUAAAACUCGUCGAAGUCAUCAGAAAAUUUUGUGCGUUCUCAGCUUUGUGAAUUUCAAUACGUAAAUUAUUUAAUAAAUAUGGCGAAACCGUAUGUGCGUAUAACCGAGCAACCAGCAGAAAAGUCUUACCGAUUUCGAUAUAAAAGUGAAGGACGACUAAAUGGUUCAAUUCCCGGAGCAAAUUCAACACCACAAAAAUCGACGUAUCCGGCUAUUGAAAUUGGUAAUUUUACUGGAAUUGCUGAAAUACAUAUAUCUUGUGUUACUCACAAUGAUAAACCACCAAGACAACAUCCGCAUAAUCUAAUAGCGGGCAAAGGGACAAACGAAUCAAUUAUGAAGGUGAAUGUCAACCAAAAGAAAGUGGUCGAAUUCAAGGACAUUGGAAUCGUUUGCGUUAAAAAGGAGGAGAUUGUCAAAUCCUUGGAGGUGCGAAAAAAGCAAAAUAUCGAUCCAACAAAAGGCGGUUGGCAUCAUAUGAUAAGCCCAUACACAUCGAUCGAUUUGCGUCGUGUGCGUUUAUGUUUUGAUGUAGAAUACCUCGAAAAAGAUAAUACUUGGAAACAUUUGGGAUAUGCAAUUUCCAAUGCGAUCAUCGAUAAGAAGUCGAAUGGUCAAUUAAAGAUAAUUGACAUCAGCUCGAAACGUUCGACCGUAAAUGGUGGCAAACGGAUUAUUUUACUUUGUGACAAAGUAAAACGUGAAGAUAUUUCAGUUAUUUUCUACGAAGAAGACAAUGAUCGCAAGGUGAUUUGGCGAGAGGAGAUCAACUAUAAAAAUUCGACAACGAUGAGAGUACAUCAUCAGUAUGCGAUUUCAUUUAAUACGCCGGAAUAUAAGGAGUUCGAUAUUAGAGAGACAAGAAAAGUAUUCAUUCAAUUAUAUCGGCCAUCGGAUAGUGAAGUGGGUGAUCCCGUUGACUUUGAAUUCAUACCGAAUCCACAAAGCACUCGAUUGAUACACAAGAAGAAAAAACGAAUGAGCGAACGAUCCAGAGAAAUAUUGGAGUCAAUUUCGAACUUGAAAAAGGCAGAAAAAUCGAAAUAUGCACAAGAAGACGUAUUGACGCCGACAAAUGGAACCAAUGCAGUUGAAUGUUCAGUUAAUCCUCAGCCGCUCAUCGAAAUUGCUACCGAUGUCAAAGAAGAGAUUGAAGUCCCAUCGCAUAACUUUACACAUAAUCAAUUUCAACAAACGACAAACGGGCAACAUCCGUACCAGCGGCAAAUGACCAAUGCAAAUCUCUUCGACGAACCGUACAAUUCAUAUCAAAGCAACUAUCCACAGUAUUACUACAAUUCGUACACACAAAGUAAUAACUAUUUUGGUGAACCGUCACACACACCGUACAAUCCUGGGCAUAUUCUUGUGCCGUUCACGUCACAACAACCAUAUCAAGAAACUUAUCAACUAAAACAAGAGCCUCAAAAACAACAACAAUAUCACAUUCAACCACAACCGUCGACAACUUCAAAUGCAUUUAAAAGUGGACAUCAGUACGGCAGAUACAUGGAUCAACCAACUACGAGCUCUGCUUUGCCGUCAACAUCUAGCAAUCCCAUUGCAUAUGCGACAAACAAUGUACCAGUUACAAAUGACCUUUUGGCGAUUAACGAUUUGCCCGAGUAUGAUUCCAAUUUGUUUGAUAUUAAUACCGAUAUUAAUACUGAUAUAAACGAACUAUCAGAGAAUUUGGAUAGCAUGAAAAUUAGUACUUAUGAUAAUUAA